AUGGCAUGUCCGUGUCAAGGUUCAUUAACGAAAAAAGUUGUAUUCCUUAAUGAUAAGGAAACUGAUCUUAAGAUAUUGCAUGACUUAUUAGACGAAAAACUUAUGGAAUUUAAAAAUAAUAGAUAUUGUCAUUUACAACCAGAUUUGCAAGUCAUUAACGAAUUAAACUGUGCCCUGAAGAAACUCCAGUGUGCAGUUGAUGCGACGCAAAAGCUAAAUCAAGAAAUGCGGGAGAGCAAAAACAAUGAGUCGUGUGACAAUUGUGAAGAUACGAGGAAGAAAAUAUUUGAACAAAUCCAAAUGAAGUUAGAUCGACUAAAAAAUUGCUCAGGCCCAUGUUUAUGUGGCGAGAAGAUCGAUGAUUUGGGUGAAAUAUUUCACGAUGAACCCAAAGAUACAAAGAGCCACUUAAAUGAAUCUGCACUAAACGAUGGUUUUCGUUUAAAUAUAUUCAAGAAAAUCAAAAAUAGGAUGAGUAUAAAAAAUGAUACAACGCGUCGCUCCAAGGAACUUGAAUCAAAUGACGACUUGAGCGAUAUUUCGUCAUCAUCUGAAAUAAUUGAAGAUAUAAGGCAUCGCGCAAGGAAAUCAGAAGUAAAUAAAACUAGGAAAUUAUUUUCAAAAAUUGAAAUGGAUGACAAAUUCCCAGAGAAGAUUAAAGAAAAAAAGCAUCACAUGAACGAAUCUAAAUCAAGUGAUGAUGUGAAUAAAUUAUCAGCCAAGGAAACAAAAAGUAAGAAACGACUCUUUAAGAAAUAUUCAUCAAGUAUUGAUGUGUAUGGCAGAUCCUCCAAGAAAACCAAAGAAAAAAAGCAUCGCUUAAAAGAAUCGAAGUCAGAUGAUGAUGUAGAUAAAGUACCAGCCAAGAAAACCAAAGAAAAAAAGCAUCGCUUUAAAAAAUCAAAAUCAGAUGAUGAUGUAGAUAAAGUACCAGCUAAGAAAACCAAAGAAAAAAAACAUCGCUUGAAAGAAACUAAGUCAGAUGAUGAUGAGGAUAAACUAUCAGCCAAGAAAACCAAACAUAAGAAACGAUUAUCUAAGGAACAUUCAUCCAAAAAUAAUGUAAAAGAAGUUUCCAUCCCAAAAAUCAAAGAUGAAAGGAAACCGCCGAAGAAAUUGAAAAUAACUGACGAAGUAGCCAAAACUGAACCUAAAAGGCGGGAAAGCUUACGUAAAAGUAUAACAAAGACAUUAAAAGACACGAGGCGCCGUGUUAAAGAAUUUAGUAAAAGAAUUGAUGAAGAUAAUGACAGUUAUAUCCGCGGUACCUCUAGCAGAUUUACUAGUCCUACUGGAUUUUGUGAAGAGAUUAUGAAGGGAGAUCCUCCGUUCUGGAUUCCUAUGGGACCAAAAUCUCGAAGUGAUGCCACGGCCUCAGAGAAAACCGGCACGAAGCAACACUUACGUUGUGUUUAG